AUGACCUUUGCUACGUGUCACUGUCGAUGUAAGCUAUUGAUUUGCAAACAAUUAGUAUCGGAAGUUAGCCAUCCACCGAUCGACCGUCAGAAGUUACUCGCCUACCGGAAGUUCUACACCAUCAAGAGGACGUGCUCCCAACAACUGCAACAAUGGCACCGGAUCCAAGAACUCUCUAACCAAGGUGCUCGACCUUUGGGAGUGACUAGCCGUAUCACCAUGCAAAUUGCCGGAGUUCUCCUGAUUCUUGCUGGAAUCGUUUCCAAAUUUGCCGCGUUUCUCUCAAUGAUCCUCGAGCCAAUCAUAGGAGGAUUACUUGCAAUGGGAAUGUGCUUGAUCAAUGGAGUUUCGUUGAGUAACCUAGCACCUGUUGAUAUGAAAAUUUCAUGA